CUCAAGAGCUCCAAGUGGCCAGGCUUGGGGCCCUGCCUGCGUCUCUAGCCAUGGUACUCGUAGGGCUGCUGCUGCUGCCCCUGCUAGUCGGCGCUUGCCUGCUGUGGGGCCGGUGGAAACUCAGGAGCCUCCACCUCCCACCUCUCGUCCCGGGCUUCCUGCACCUGCUGCAGCCCAACCUCCCCAUCUAUCUGCUUAGCCUGACUCAGAAACUCGGGCCCAUCUACAGGCUCCGCCUCGGGCUGCAAGAUGUGGUGGUGCUGAACUCCAAGAGGACCAUUGAGGAGGCCCUGAUCAGGAAGUGGGUGGACUUUGCCGGCAGACCCCAGAUACCGUCCUACCAGCUGGUGUCUCAGCACUGCCGGGACAUCUCACUAGGGGACUACUCCGUGCUCUGGAAGGCCCACAAGAAACUCACGCGCUCAGCCCUGCUGCUGGGCGUCCGCAGCUCCAUGGAGCCCCGGGUGGAGCAGCUGACCCAGGAGUUCUGUGAGCGCAUGAAAGCCCAGGCUGGCGCCCCCGUGACCAUCCAGAAGGAAUUCUCUCUCCUCACCUGCAGCAUCAUCUGUUACCUCACCUUUGGAGACAAGGAGGACACCUUAGUACAUGCCUUUCACGACUGUGUCCAGGACUUGAUGAAAACCUGGGACCACUGGUCCAUCCAAAUUUUGGACAUGGUUCCCUUUCUCAGGUUCUUCCCCAACCCCGGGCUCUGGAGGCUGAAGCAGGCCAUGGAGAACAGGGACCACAUUGUAGAGAAGCAGCUGAGGCAGCACAAGGAGAGCAUGGUGGCCGGCCAGUGGAGGGACAUGACUGACUACAUGCUCCAGGGGAUGGGGAACCAAAGAGUGGAAGAGGGCCCCGGGCAGCUCCUUGAAGGGCACGUGCAUAUGUCCGUGGUGGACCUUUUCAUCGGUGGCACUGAGACCACGGCAAACACCCUUUCCUGGGCUGUGGCGUUCCUGCUUCACCACCCUGAGAUUCAGCGGCGACUGCAGGAGGAGUUGGAUCGCGAGCUGGGCCCCGGGGCCUCGGGCUCCCGAAUCCCAUACAAGGACCGCGCUCGGCUGCCCUUGCUCAACGCUACCAUCGCUGAGGUGCUGCGCCUGCGGCCCGUCGUGCCCCUGGCCUUGCCGCACCGCGCCACGCGGGCUAGCAGCAUCUUCGGCUACGACAUCCCCGAGGGCACGGUUGUCAUCCCCAACCUCCAAGGUGCCCACCUGGACGAGACUGUGUGGGAGCGGCCGCACGAGUUCCGGCCGGACCGCUUCCUGGACCCGGGCGCGAACCCCAGCGCGCUGGCCUUUGGCUGCGGGGCGCGGGUGUGCCUGGGCGAGCCGCUGGCGCGCCUCGAGCUCUUCGUGGUGCUGGGGCAACUGCUGCAGGCCUUCACGCUGCUGUCGCCCGCGGGCGCCCUGCCCUCGCUGCAGCCCCAUCCCUACUGCGGCGUCAACCUCAAGAUUCAGCCUUUCCAGGUGCGGCUGCAGCCCCGGGGGCGCGGAGGCCGGGGCGUGGGCGAGCGCCAAUGACCAGUGACGGGGCCAGGA